AUGCCUUCAGAACAAGUUAGACUGAGCCAAUCCGCAUCUGCCGAAGCAGAGAAGCACAGGCAACUGGACAGAGAAAUCAGGGAGAUGGUGUCCGCCAUCACUCACCGGGUCACGGAUCUCCACAAAUCAUCCGGGUCAGGGUCAGCCCAGAAUCUGGAGGACGAGGAAGAUGACGGAGUGAGGAUCAUCACCCUGGCGGGGAACAACACCGGCGCCACCCUGCGAAGCGAACUGGGAGAAAAAUCAGGUCAAUUUCACGGGAGUGAAGAACAGGAUGAAUUGGAUACUUACGUGAACAGCAAUUUCCAGGCGAUAAACAACUCAAUGAUGAUGGGCGGUAGCUACGAGGCGAACGAUCCUGGAGUGUGCUUGGAUAUCUCGGAAUUCACAGGGCCACGAUCAGGACACCGUGAGAAGCAUGGGAAGAAGGCCAAGAAGGAGAAGAAGGAGAAGAAGAAAGAGAAGGAAGCCGAAGCCUCGUCCUCCGCCUCCUCCACUGAGCAACACCAUUCUGGUUGAGAUAAAUGCUGUGGUUGUGCAGUUCUGAAACUAUACGUCCAAUUCUUCCUUGAAAAACGCGGGUGGAGCUCGUUGAUUUCCCGUUUGCCUCUUCAUUGUGUGUUUGUUCCCUCCUCCUUUUUUCCGCACGUAAUUGUUAUUUUAUUUCUGCGCUAAUCAUGGGUGAAGGAAUCGGCUCUUAUUUAUCAUUAUAGGUUUAUUACAUCAUAAUAAUGGUGUGAUGACUAAAUAACAUUACUUUAUUUAUUUUG